AUUGUGGUUCACAGUAAAAGUAAAUAUAAACAUUGGAGAUGGUGUAUCUAUUUUAUUUUUGUAAUAAAAUAUUGUCUGACGAAGUAAAUCUAGUGAGGAUAAUCCAAUAAUCACAAAAUGAUUGUUACAGAAACGAAAGUCGCUGUUAAGAGCUUUUCCCUAGCAAUUUUCUUAUUGUCAUUUGUGAGUAUUUUUCAUUUGUAUUUUGAAAUCAGUUCUUUAACCAGUUAUAUGGUGUCGUGCAGUAGUGUCCUUUUAGUUUUAUAUGCCUUACUGAGGUUGCAAUUUCAAGGAUUCAACUACCAGAUUGCAAUUCGAGCUGCUAUCUUGGGAACAGUAUUUGCUAUAGGAAUCCAUGUUAGGCUAGUUGCUCCACCUCAUAUACAAAUCUUUGGUGGUUACAUGUGUGUGAUGGCAUUCUUCCAUUUCAGUGAAUUCACAGCAAUAUCUAUUGUUCAACCAAAACAAGUUUCCAUUGACUCAUUUGUAAUCAAUCACAGUCCUCAGUAUAUUGCAGCUGCUGUGAUGUCAUGGGUGGAGUUUUUCAUUGAGGCCUACUUCUGUCCAGGACUGAAACAACUGUACUGGGUCUCCAAUGCAGGUUUGGUAUUAUGCAUACUGGGAGAAGUUUGGAGGAAGACUGCUAUGAUCACUGCUGGUUCAAGUUUCAAUCACUUGGUCCAGCAUGAAAGGUCUAGUGAUCAUGUCUUAGUAACUCAUGGUAUAUAUUCCUGGUGUAGACAUCCUAGUUAUGUUGGUUGGUUUUAUUGGUCCAUUGGGACACAGAUUUUACUGCUGAAUCCACUUUGUGUGCCUGCAUAUGCUAUAGUCAGUUGGAUGUUUUUCAAGUCCAGGAUAUACAUUGAAGAAAUAACUCUGCUGAAUUUCUUUGGCCAAAGCUACUGUGAUUAUCAACUGAAAGUUGGUACAGGAAUACCUCUCAUUGAAGGGUAUAAGAUAUAAGGAUUUGAUUAUUUUUUCAUUGAAGUUGUCCUUUGCUUUAAUUAUUUUUUGUAUUUUCAAAUGACUGACCUAGUUAACAUAAUAAUUAUUAUAUUGACAUUUUAAUGAAAUUAUAUGCUCUAAUUGCUCUAAUCUACUACUGAUAGAAAUAUUCAUUUUUCUUUUCAGUAGGAAAAACUAUAACUAUCUCAAAAAUCAUAACAAACUGAGAGAAAAUUAAGCACAUGUUUGAAUCCCUCAAUUUUUCCUGAAAAAUAUGGGAUAAUCAUCACUUAGAGAAUACUCUGAAGAAGUAAUUUAACAUUGAAUACUCUCAAAUUGAUAAUUAAAUACUAAUAGAAAUUCAAAUAACUGAUAGGUACUCAUAAAUGAAAUGAUAAAAAUAGAUCAUAGGAUAAUUCAUACACUUUUGGAACUAUUUCUGACUAUCAGGAGUUUCUAUUUAAUAAUUUUGAAAUUUUGUAUUUUUUUUAUCUCUUGGAACACAGGAAAGAGAAUCCUUUUGGGGAAAUUCUCAUUAUUAUUUGUAUUGGAAGUGGUAAAAACCUGAACUGCAGUAAAUAAAAUGUGUUUUCAGAUAUAAAAGUUUUUAUUUCAUAAAUUAUGUUAGUUCUUAACAUGAUUACCAAAAAAAAUCAUCAUAAAUACAAUGUUGGCAAGACAAUAAAUAAAUUUUCAUUAUAAAAAAACUUAAAACACAACCAUUAAUUAUUACACAAGUGGUUUCAAAUAUCUAGAAAUAUUCAUACAGUUCAGGAGAAAAUAAGUACUUCAAUUAUUCUUAUCAGAUAAAAAAAUUAUAAUAUUUCCAGAUAACCAUAGAAAACACAACAAUUUUUUUAGUUACUAACUGACACACAAUAAAAAUUAUAUUUUUGUUAAUAAGAAACUAUUACCUUAUACAAUGUUAUAAAAAAAUUCACACAUUUGUUGACAAUCUGAAUAAAUUUUUCAUUAUUAUAUC